UCAGUUGAGCACGUACACACCUGGGACUGUGCACGUUUCGUCCCGACGUAUACUUUCUGAACUUUCCUUUACGAAAAUAAAGUUGCUUUGACACCGGGAAAUAUAUACAUACAGGUUGUCGCCAGUAGUUGCUCAAAUAAAAGAAAAAAAAAAGACUUCUUUUUAUAUGCAAUGGCACAUGCUGUGUAUAUAUAAAGUCGAAGUCGAAGCCAAUAUUCGCGUUGCCAGUAGUUGCGAUCCGUUUCUAGUGUUAUUUACCGUUCUGACAUCGUGUCAGUGACACGUGUUGUACAAAGCAUGGCGUUAGACAGUCGUGCAGCAGUACUUGUGGAUGCCGAGCGAUCUAAUCGUCAGAAUAAUUCGGAUAAUCGAGACGAAAGAUCAGCACCAGGAGGAUGGACCAUUAUAUUAGUUCUGGCAGGUGUUACCUGCUGCUUGGGAUCAGCUGUACCAGCAGGAUACAACAUAGGAGUAUUAAAUAACGCAGCCCAUCUAGUGGAAGCGUUUUGCAAUGAAAGUAUUAAGGAACGAUAUGACAUAGACGUAUCUGAAAGUGGCUUGAAAAUAGUUUGGUCUAGUGUUGUCUCAAUUUUUCUCAUCAGUGGUGCUGCUGGUUCGUUUCUCUCAAGCUGGGUAGCAGACAGAUACGGAAGGAAAGGAGCACUAUGCGUCGGAAACAUAUUUGGCAUUAUAGGAGCUGGGAUGUUUUUUCUAAUACUCAAAUUAAAUUCAGUUGAAAUUCUUUUAGCAGGUCGAUUUUUUGUUGGUCUGUCUGGAGGUUUUGCAACAAGUGUAGUACCAAUGUAUAUGUCAGAAAUUGCGCCGCUUAGGCUAAGAGGUGCAGUUGGAGUAAUAUGUCAACUGGGAAUUACAUGUGGAGUGUUUCUAGGGCAAAUUGCAGGGCUCAAUACAGUUUUAGGGACUCAGAGUUCCUGGCAUUAUAUGCUAGGAGCAUUUAUUCCAUUGUGCAUCUAUGCCUUAGUUCUUACAAUUAUUAUUCUACCAGAGAGUCCUAAAUAUCUAUAUAUAAUCAGGGAACAGAAGCAGAAAGCUUUAGAUGAACUGAGUAGAAUACGUAAAAUGGACAUAAUGUUGCUAGAAGUAGAAAUUUCUAGUCUGCAGCAGGAAAUAGAAAAAAAAACGACAGCUGAACCUUGGACAAUCAAGCGGAUUUUAAGUGAUCCAAGUCUGAAGCUUCCUGUGUUUUUAGUUUGUAUGAUACAAUUCGGGCAACAAAUGAGUGGUAUAAACGUUGUGUUUUACUAUUCCAACUCCAUAUUUAUCGAUGCCGGACUUGGCAUCACUGGAGCACAAUACGCUACUCUUGGAACUGGCGCAGCUAACAUUGGUAUGGCACUUGUCUCAGUACCAGUGAUGUCAUCUUUAAACAGAAGAGGUGUCUUACUUAGCAGUAUUUACUUGUGCUUAGGAUGUUUGAUCGUUUUAUGUACUUCCAUCUUAUUGAUUCGUUUAUCAUCGCACAUGCCUGUAAUAUGCACGAUAGCCGUUCUGGCUUAUGUGAUAUUUUAUGGAAUCGGCCUUGGACCGAUACCGUACUUUAUUGGAUCUGAAUUAUUUGACGUUGGUCCCAGACCAAUAGCUAUGGCGCUUGGUAGUGUCUGCAAUUGGGGUGGAAAUUUUAUAGUGGGCAUGACAUUUCCAAUAGUAGAAAGCGUCAUAGGACCAUACACUUUUCUAAUAUUUGCUGGAUUUCUUUUAUUAUUAGGACAAAUUGUGAGGAUAUACUUGCCUGAGACGAGAGGAAGGAACACAACGGACGUAGCAGCAUUAAUAAGUCAAGGAUUCAACUCUAGACCAAAUUCCAUCCGUAACGCUUAAAUUUAAAAAAGUAGUACUUUGUGGAUCUUUUAAUAACACGCCUAACGAAUAGAUAAGUUUAAAAUUUUUUCACAACAAGAUUUAUAUAAAUAUUUAAUUGAUAAGGAUUAUUUUUGUACAAUUUAGAUAGGAAGUUCGUUGUACUUUUAUUCGUUAUUGUGGUCUUCAAUUGCAGCCAUGCAAUAUCGAUUUUACCGCAUUUUUAUUAGACUUAAGUAAUUGCAUAUUUUCAAAUACUUGAACGACAUUAUUGGACCACUUUCGGAUACGUGAAAAGAUAAUUAUUGAAUUUUUAAAUACGCGUGGCGUAUCCAGCUUAAUUGAUAAAAUCGGCAUUGAUGAAGUAUUCACUAAACAAGUUAUCAUUUCUAAAUGUAUAGCUGUUAUACUAAAGAAUGAAACGUUUCACUGCCCGUGUAAGAAAUUUAUUUAUUUUUUUCGUACUAUAUAUUACAUUUUAUAUAAUAUUUCAAAAGUUAUAAAAUUCUUCCUACGUAUUUUACAAUUGUUAAUUUUGAAGUACAGUGUACAAUUGAUCUAACUUUUCAUAGAAUACUAAACAAAGCACCGUGUGCGGUGCUAUUCUCAUCCAUGUCGGAAAAAUUCCUUUGUACAGACCACUCAGACCUUCUGUUCGUAGUAUUUUAAUGAUUGCGUCCAAAAAUCCGUUGUACAGUGCACCUUUUCCGCUCACGUCCGUCUCUGCGUUCGAUUACAGAACGAUCGAUACGACAGAUCAUACAAAAAUUAUCUUCACAGUGUUCUAAUUAAAUUAUACGUACUUUGGUUGUACAACCUCGUUGCUAAGACAUCAAACGGUUGCAUAGUGAGAGCCACGCAACUUCCACCGAUCACAGAAGCCAAAAAAGUCAGAAGUAUCGGUUGAUCUGUAAACAUCUUUAAAAAGGAAGAAAGUAUAAAACAUUCUUCAUUUAA